UAUUUCGGUAUGUGGAAAGCAUGAAUUUUACUUACAUUCGUAGAAAACAGAGCCUUUGUUUGGACAAGUUUAUCAUGAGACAAGUUUUGGUACGAGUUUGAUUUCAUCUGCUUUCUUCUCUUCCUCUUCUCGAACGGUACGAAAUGUUUAUUUUUAGUCCGUGUUUGGAUACAAAUUAAUUUCGCCUAGGUGAUGCUUACUUGUUUCCUCUUCGCCCACAUAUAAUUCACCAUUUUUACAUAACGACAUGUCCAGCCAAGUCUGCCUUCUAUGUUUGGAAAUUGGCGUCGGCGACAAAGCAGGUCUGAAAUUCAACAAAAUCAGAAUUGAAACCCUCUACGACGUGCUGGCACCCAAGAUCAAAUUUUCAUUUGAACCGAAGCUUGCAGAGGAUGACAUUUGUGAAUUUUGUCAAGAUUGUUAUCCUCUCGUCAAUAAGGUGGAAGAACUCAGGCACCAAAUUUCAUCUCUGGAGAAACAAGUUAGAACGAAAGUUGGAGAAAUUCGGGCUACAAUUAUAGAGCAUUCUUCUUCUUUAAUAGAAAACAAAUCGGGAGAGAAAACUAUGCAAAUCCGUGAAAAUAUAAUGCACGUAACAGGCCAGAAAGACGACAAAGAUUUUCCAUCCGACGACAUCCAAGUAAAAGUGAAGCAGGAGGAUGAUUUUCUUAGUGAUGUGGACAUUGUGGAAGAUCAAUCCUUUCACACUUAUCCGUCUUACCCUACAGAUAUCAGAGUAGAAGAAGAUGACGUUGAGGAUGAUGAUUCCGAGUUUUGCAUCAUUCCUUUUUCUCAACAAAAGAAGCCAAGAGGAAGACCUCGAUCGACUAAGAACAAAUCACCACCAUGCAAACGACAAAGAGAGGAUUCCGAAGAUGAAGCUAAAGAACCAGUAAUUCCAAAAAUAGUUUCGAAACGGAUCAAAUUGCAGUCGGGGGAACUAGUCAUUGUGUCGCAACUAGAGCUUCCUCAGCCUCCCAAAAUUUCUUUAGAAGAGACACGAUCCACACGUCUCACCAGAAGGCAAAUUUCGAAAAAAUCAGCUUCCAUAUCCAACUCAGACUCAGAAUCAGAGGAAGAUACAGAUAACGAACUGGACGACGACAAUGAUUGGACUCCUGAAACUGAUGAUGCGAAUGCAGAACCCUCCUCUGAGGAUGAAAGAGAAAAGAAAACAGGUUGCACCAUCAGCCCCAGCCAGUGUUCGAAGUCUCUCGCCUCCAAUUCCGAAAAUUGUGUCCCUUGCCCGGUGGCGUUAUGCUCCUCCGUGUUCCGCACACACAAGGAUAAAGAUGUCCACUUGAAGCUUAGUCAUGAAGGUGUUGUUCCAUAUCCGUGCCGCAUUUGUGCCAGAAAGUUUAAUUGCCAAACAUCUCUCGCCUCACAUAUGGUGAUUCGCCACGAAACAGACAAGAAGGAAUUCUCCUGUUUCAAAUGUGACAAGAGCUUCUGCCUAGAGGAGAAUUUGGCGAGACAUGUGAAACUGCAUGAAGUAGAGGGGAUCAAGCCGCUAAUUUGCGACGUGUGCGAUUCCAGAUUCGCAGAUAAGAACAGGCUAGAGCGCCAUAUGGAGACGCAUAAUACUAAAAAGUUUCGGUGUAAGCAUUGCGGGAACGGUUAUAAGAAUGUAACACGUUUGGAAAGACAUUUAGGUACUCACACUGGCGAAAGACCGCUGAAAUGCCCUCAUUGUGAUGCUACAUGGGUAGAUAGGACCACCCUACAACGCCACAUCUCACGCGCCCACUCAGCCGGUCCAGCUCAUAUUUGUCACAUUUGCGGUAAAGGAUUUCAUAUUCUGCCAGACCUCAAGAAGCACCUUAAACGGCACGAUGGGAAACUUCGAGUCAUAUGCGACACCUGUGGCGACACGUUCGUGGACGUUACAGCAUUGCAAUCUCACCGCGUUAAAACGCACGGAGAUGACCCCGUCAUUUGCGAUGAAUGCCCUAAAACUUUUACCUCACUGGAAGGAUUAAGACGGCACAAGCAAAUUCACAAAGGAAUUAAACCACACAAGUGUGAGACUUGCGACGCCCGUUUCAACAGGAAGCAAAAUCUCGACACCCAUAAACUAUCCCAUACUAAGGAACGAUCCUUUUCCUGUCCCCACUGCGAAAAAACCUUCAAGAAUAAAAGAAGUUUAACUACUCAUGUGAAAGAAAUUCACGCCUCCAGCUACGUCGCCCCCAGUCCUCACAAGUGUCCCCAGUGUAGCAGAGAAUUCCGCAAUAACUCUUUUUUGGAGGCACAUAUUCGCCAAAUCCACACAGGGGAGCGGCCCUUCGUUUGCAACCAGUGUGAAAAGGGGUUUGCUGUCGAACAUGCGCUAACUAUGCAUUUAAAAGGGACCCACGGCAUCGUCGUGGAGAAAGGGGGUAGAAGCUAAACUUGAUGAAAGAUGCGAUUGACGAGGAGGAAGGAAACGCUUAAAUAUUUAUUAUUUUUAUUAUAGAUUUAGACAAUCUAACACUUACAUUUAUGCACUGUAAACUGAACCUAGAGAAUAUAAUCUGUAAUUCUCGUACAUAAAUAAAAAUUCGCCUACAAGUACA